GGCAGAACCACCACACACACGCACGCACUCUCACUCUCCUGCCGCGGUGCGCCGUACGUGCUCUCUAGCCAAGAUGUCGUCGGUCAGUGCCCGCGCUCCCGUGGCCGCUCUCCGGCCGGCGGCGUCAGCGUCGAGCCCCCGGUUCCUGGGCGACUCCGGCCGCGUCGGCCUCGCCAAGUCCACGCGCCGCGACGUCGCCGUCCAGGCCAAGGGGUCGUGGCUCCCCGGCCUCCCCUCCCCUGCCUACCUCGACGGCAGCUUGGCGGGUGACAAUGGGUUCGACCCGCUGGCGCUGGCGGAGGACCCGGAGGACCUGCGGUGGUUCGUGCAGGCGGAGCUGGUGAACGGGCGGUGGGCGAUGCUGGGGGUGGCGGGGAUGCUGAUCCCGGAGGUGCUGACCAAGGCGGGGCUGCUGAACGCGCCCGAGUGGUACGACGCCGGCAAGGAGACCUACUUCGCCUCCUCCUCCACGCUCUUCGUCAUCGAGUUCAUCCUCUUCCACUACGUGGAGAUCCGGCGGUGGCAGGACAUCAAGAACCCGGGCUCCGUCAACCAGGACCCCAUCUUCAAGAGCUACAGCCUCCCGCCCCACGAGUGCGGCUAUCCCGGCAGCGUCUUCAACCCCCUCAACUUCGCCCCCACCCUCGAGAACAAGGAGAAGGAGCUCGCCAACGGGAGACUGGCGAUGCUGGCGUUCCUGGGGUUCCUGGUGCAGCACAACGUGACCGGCAAGGGCCCGUUCGAGAACCUGCAGCAGCACCUGGCCGACCCAUGGCACAACACCAUCAUCCAGACCAUCUCCGGCCAAUAAAUCCGUCGAUUUCACCGACCGGGGAGGCUUCAGGUGGUCUGAAUUGUUAUUUUGGGGUGCUGAGGAUGUACAAAGUGUGGAGGAGUAGGUGGACAGUGCAAAAAUGUGUUGUAAUCUUAAAAGCUCCGGUGGUGAAACUUUCUUCUUGUGGAUUCGCCCAUGGCUUCCGAUGGAGGCUGGACUUGUAAUAUCACCCAUGCGUGUUAUUCUAAACAUGGCAAAACAUACUACUAGUUUGAAGCA